ACGUACAAUUUAAAUAACGAAACUCGAAACAACAAAUAGCCAAAUUUAUACUCGAAACUGUCAAAUGGAGAAGCUAACGAAUGUUCAGGCACAGCAGGAGGAGGAAGAGGAAGAAGGUCCUCUUAGCGUGACUAGAUUAAUGGGCGGCAGCAUCACGGCCAAGGACAUCAAGCUGCUCCAGCAGGCCAGUUUGCACACCGUGGAGUCGGUGGCCAAUGCCACCAAGAAGCAACUGAUGGCCAUUCCCGGCUUGGGCGGCGGCAAGGUGGAGCAGAUCAUCACGGAGGCCAACAAACUGGUGCCUCUGGGCUUCCUUAGUGCCCGCACCUUCUAUCAAAUGCGUGCCGAUGUUGUGCAGCUGAGCACGGGCUCCAAGGAGCUGGACAAAUUGCUGGGCGGCGGCAUUGAGACGGGAUCCAUUACCGAGAUCUUCGGCGAGUUCCGCUGCGGGAAGACCCAAUUGUGCCACACUCUGGCAGUAACCUGCCAGCUGCCCAUCAGCCAGAAGGGCGGCGAGGGCAAGUGCAUGUACAUCGACACGGAGAACACCUUCCGUCCGGAGCGUUUGGCUGCCAUCGCGCAGAGAUACAAACUGAAUGAAUCCGAGGUGCUGGACAAUGUGGCCUUCACCCGUGCCCACAACUCCGAUCAGCAGACCAAGCUCAUACAGAUGGCGGCGGGCAUGCUCUUCGAGUCCAGAUACGCUUUGCUGAUUGUGGACAGUGCCAUGGCGCUCUACAGAUCGGAUUAUAUAGGCCGCGGGGAGCUGGCCGCCCGGCAAAAUCACCUGGGCUUGUUUCUGCGCAUGCUCCAACGCCUGGCCGAUGAGUUCGGAGUAGCUGUGGUAAUUACCAACCAGGUUACUGCCUCGCUAGACGGCGCACCCGGCAUGUUUGAUGCCAAGAAGCCCAUUGGCGGGCACAUAAUGGCCCACUCCUCAACCACGCGGCUGUAUCUGCGCAAGGGCAAGGGCGAGACCCGCAUCUGCAAGAUCUACGACUCGCCCUGUCUGCCGGAAUCGGAGGCCAUGUUCGCCAUUCUGCCGGAUGGAAUAGGAGACGCCAGGGAGAGCUAGUUGCUCACUUAUAGGUUAAUUAAUGCUACAUAGAUUAAGAAUUAAACUUCGUAGAUUGUUUUUUUUUAUGUUUACUUAGAAUGUAUGGGAUAACGACGAAAUAAAACAGCCGUUGCGAAUUGUAUGUACCAUCUA